AGGCGGAGGCCAGUUCCCCAGUUCCAGUCGCCGUCGCCUGCACGGUUGCAGUCGCCGCCGCCGCCUCCCGCCCGCCCAGCUCGCCCCGGGGAAAGAGAACGCGCGCGAGCUCGGGCGUCCCCGCCCCAGUCUUUUCCUCCCAGCCCGGAGCCAUGAACCCCAACUGCGCCCGAUGCGGCAAGAUCGUAUACCCCACGGAGAAGGUGAACUGUCUGGAUAAGUUCUGGCAUAAAGCAUGCUUCCAUUGCGAGACCUGCAAGAUGACAUUGAACAUGAAGAACUACAAGGGCUACGAGAAGAAGCCCUAUUGCAACGCACACUACCCCAAGCAGUCCUUCACCAUGGUGGCUGACACCCCUGAAAACCUCCGUCUCAAGCAACAGAGCGAGCUUCAGAGUCAGGUGCGCUACAAGGAGGAGUUUGAGAAGAACAAGGGCAAAGGCUUCAGCGUGGUGGCGGACACGCCCGAGCUACAGAGGAUCAAGAAGACGCAGGAUCAGAUCAGCAACAUCAAAUACCAUGAAGAAUUUGAGAGGAGCCGCAUGGGCCCCAGUGGGGGCGAGGGCAUGGAGCCAGAUCGCCGAGAACCCCAGGACAGCAGCAGCUAUCGGAGGGCCCCUGAGCAGCAGCCACAGACUCACCACGUCCCGAGCAACACCCCCGUUUACCAGCAGCCCCAGCAGCAGCAGGCAAGCCAGUCCUAUGGUGGCUUCAAGGAGCCUGCAGCCCCAGUCUCCAUACAGCGGAGCGCCCCAGGCGGGGGUGGGAAGCGGUACCGGGCAGUGUAUGACUACAGCGCCGCCGACGAGGACGAGGUCUCCUUCCAGGACGGGGACACCAUUGUCAACGUGCAGCAGAUCGACGACGGCUGGAUGUACGGGACCGUGGAGCGUACCGGCGACACCGGGAUGCUGCCGGCCAACUACGUGGAGGCCAUCUGAGCCCUGGGGCACCCCACCCCCCAUCUUCAGUGCAUUCCACAGCAUCGCAUCUGUCCGGGGCCUGACCCAUCCACCUUUCAGUGUCUCUGUUUGUUUGUUUUUUAAGAUCUGCGACAGCUUCUUUGUCCCCACCCCUCCUCCAGCUUCUUUUGCCAACCGAAGCCUUGUUCUGCCACUUUCUCGGCCUCCUUCCCCUGGCAGGUUUUCCCCUCCACCGACUUCCUGGUUUUCUCUCUGGAUGGAACAGACUGGGCCUCUCUGGGAGGGCUGGAUCACUUUGGGACUGCGGCUUCGCGCGGCUGGGCUAGAACAGGAGACAGGUUAGCUUCCAGCCCUGACUACCUAUCUUCCGGCCUGGGGCCCUUCCUGCUGGGUGACCCACAUGUCCAGACAUUCCAGGGCUGGGAUGAGGCCCAAACUCCCCAGAAUUCUGGGCAAUCACUUCUCCAUACAUUCCCUGAGGGUGGGAAUAGGCUUAGGAGCUCUGUUGUGUAGGGACCAAUGUGAUGGGCUUCACCUCUCUGAAGGAGGGAGCUGCUAGCCCGCUGGGGGGGGCAGGGGGUUCCCUUCCCACCCUCUGCCUCCUCCAGGGUACUCAAAGGAGAGUAGAGUGAAUUCCUUUGCAGAGUGAGCUUUGCCCUCCUGCCUGCACAGACCUAGGGUGGCCCAGAGCUCCCCAGCAAGCACACUUUGGGUCGGGUUCUUGCCUUUCUCAGAUUUAGGAACAGGGUCUGUUCUCUGCAGCCCCUUGAGCUUCCCCCAACCUUCUGAAAGUCCUCUUACCCCCCUGGCCAGAAGCCAUGUCCUGAGGGGUAGAACAAGCACCUCCACAGACAUAUGGGUCAGAUGUACCACUUCUUCGUGCUACCCACAAGGAAGAGGUCUCUGGUCCUCCCGUGGCCUCCCCUCCCUUGCUCAAGGCCAGAUGGACUUGGAGCAGUGCAAAGCCAGUGAGGACCACUGUGUGCGGAGUGAGCUUGCCUGUAGGUGUCUGACAGACUAAAAUGAAUGGGCAGAGAUGACAGGAGAGGGCAGAUGUGUCGUCUAUCUGCUGCUGGUGUCUGGGUGUGAAAGAGAAGCACGCAGGUCUGCUCUCCCCCGGACCUGCAGGAAGCCCUCGUCCCUUUGCAGGGUACUGGGCAGAAGUGGGGUGGUUCUGGAGUUGGUGGAGGCUGCUGUUGGCUUGUUCCUCGCUAGGGAAGGCUUCAGGUGGGAGACAUCUCUGUCUGUCUGUGUCUCGGGAUGCAGAAUAGGGUACCAGAAGGACCUAGAUCAUCCAUCCACGCUGUGGUGCCUCACUCGUGUCCUCCCCAAACAGUUCCCCUUCAUGUGAACACCCCUAAAGCAAGGGAAAGGGUCCAGGGCUUUAAAACUGGCAGCACUGACUGGGGGAUGGUGCUACAUCCGGGUUCCUGCUCUGCGUCGGGGGCCUGGGCCAGCCCCCACCCAGCUUUAUUCAUCUCUGGGUUUUCUUGUCAUCCCUCUAGGUCUUCCCCACUCCCAUCUUCUCUGUCUGACAUCUAAUCCCUUUGCGCCCUUAGACCACGCAGGUGAAGACUAGGUCCGAAGGCCCUGGGCCUAGCCAGCCAGGCGGUGGUCAUGCGCAUUCUGAAAGGGCUUGCGAGGUGAUUUGGGGGUAUCAGCUGAGGGAGUGGCCGAGGCAGGAGCCCCUUUCCUGGCCAGUCCCCUUUACUUUCUAGUUCUCAUCUUGGUAGGACAGGAGGAUUGUCCUGUUAGGCCAUGUGAGGGACAAGGGGACAUUGAGGAGGGCCUUGUGAAAGCAUCUCAGAAGCCAUGGAUGGUGGGGGGCGGGAAGGGGUGUGCACUGAUCUAUUCCCUCUCCAUCUCAAAGCACAAUGUGGAUCUGGGACCAAAGGUCAACAGCAGGAGCUGUGGAGGACCUAAGGUUGGGAGGAUGGCAACUGGGUGGGAGGAGCCAGAGGCUUUCUGGUACCUCUCAGCUCAACCUCUCUCCCUUCCCAACAUGGCAAGCCUAUUUUUCCUGUCCUAAAAAUGGGGGACACUCUCACCCCCCAGAGAGAGAGGAGGGACUGUCACACUGGUGCUGAGGGACCCAGGGCUGCUGGAGUCCAUGUUCCUUUCCACAACCAUCCACCCCUAGAAGAGUACAGAGCCUGUGGGCUGCACUGAGCCUCUGAUCUGUGCCUCCCUUUACAGAGGGUUUUUAGCCCAUCAAACCCCUAGGAUAAAAGGCUCCCCUGAGCUAGAAUGUGAACUUUUGUGGACCAGGCUUUCCAUGUAAGAAGCCUAAUUCUCCCAGCACUGUUCUGUGUUUCUCCCCCACCCCAUGUCCCUCCAGGGAAAACUUUAUUGCUUGAUUUCUGCCUUUUUUUCUUCCACAUAAGCACUUUUGGGCCUUUUUUAAUAGCUGGAAAUAAGACACACAAAAAAGUACCACCAUUACCCCCAAAGCUUGUAUUUAAAAAGAAACAGAAGUGACCCUGUGAAACUCACCUCUGUCCCAACAUUUCAUGUGUGUUUGUGUGUGUGUGUGUGUGUGCGUGCGUGUGUUUAUAUGUGUGUGUGUGUGAAGCCACUCACUCCUCAUCUUUUAUACGGGGUUGUUGUCUUUCUCGGGUCUGUUUGGUCCCCUCCCUCCUUCUGGCCUUGUGCUUGGGAUCAAAUCUUUCUGGCCUGUUAUGAUUCUGAACAUUGACUUGAACCACAAGUGAAUCUUUCUCCUGGUGACUCAAAUAAAAGUAUAAUUUUUACCUGCA